AUGGACCGCCCAAGCAAGGGAACCUUCCGCUAUGUGGAGCGCGAAUUCGCUGAAGUGACCUGGUACAAAGAUCCCGGUUUGAGGAAGACGUACAUCGUCCUGAUGUUCGUCGUUCUUACAUCGGCAUCCAAUGGCUUCGAUGGUAGUAUGGUGAAUGGACUGCAGUCUCUGGAGCCAUGGCGAGUCCACUUCGACUUCCCGGAAGGCUCGCUUCUCGGUCUGUUCUCGUCGAUCAUGGCAGUCGGUGGUAUCGUGGCACUUCCCAUCACUCCUUACAUUGCGGAUGGCUGGGGCAGACGUUGGGGAAUCAUUAUUGGUUGUCUCAUCGGCCUUGUUGGUGUGGCGCUACAGGGAAUCUCGAUCAACUUUCGAAUGUUCAUCGCUGCGAGAUUCUUCAUCGGAUUCGGCACAUCAAUUGCUCAAGGAGCAUCUCCCUUGCUUAUCACGGAACUCGCUCAUCCACAGCACCGUGCAAUCUUCACGACCAUCUACAACACGACCUGGUAUGUUGGCGCUAUCAUCGCAGCAUGGGCGACCUAUGGCACCAAUCAAAUAAACAACAACUGGUCUUGGAGAAUCCCCUCGCUUCUCCAAGGAUUUGCACCCAUUCUGCAACUGGUCUUCGUUUGGUUCGUACCCGAGAGCCCGCGUUUCUUGUUCGCCAAAGGCAAAACAGAGAGGGCGCACCACGUUCUUGCUAAAACGCACGCAAAUGGAGAUCUCAACGACGAAUUGGUCAUGCUUGAAGUGCAAGAGAUCAAGGAAACCAUUGCACUUGAGAAGGAAUUCGAGGGAAACGGCUGGCUUGUGUUCUUCAAGACGGUUGGCAACCGCCGCAGGCUCCUCAUUCUACUCACCCUGGGUCUCUUCUCUCAAUGGUCUGGGAACGGUAUCGCUUCGUACUAUCUGAACAUCGUCCUCGAUGAUGUCGGCGUCACCAACGACAACACAAAACUGCUCAUCAACGGCGGGCUCCAGAUCAUGAACAUGGCCGUCGCCCUCGGCCAAUGCUUCAUCGUUGAUUACGUUGGCAGACGCACCCUGUUCCUGGUCUCCACCUCCGGCAUGUUUGGCACAUUCUGCAUCUGGACGGCUUGUGCCGCAACAUACACGAAGUCGGGCGUCGCAUCUGCAGGUCAUGCGGUCAUCGCCAUGGUAUUCAUCUACUAUAUUUUCUAUAACCUGGCAUGGUCUGGACUCCUUGUGGGAUAUGGAUGCGAAAUCUUGCCCUACAACCUCCGWGCCAAGGGUCUGACUCUGAUGUUCUUGAUGGUGAAUGUCGCCCUGUUCUUCAACCAGUACGUCAAUCCGAUCGCGCUGAGGGACAUCAAAUGGAAGUACUACAUUGUGUACUGCGUGUGGCUUGCUAUUGAACUCGCUGUGGUCUACUUUUACUACAUCGAGACCCGUUAUACUCCGCUCGAAGAGAUUGCCAAGUACUUUGAUGGUCAGGAUGCGCUUGUCGGUGGCGCUGUUGCCACCGAGAAAGGCAAGAUUCUCUCGGCGGAGAUGGGUGGUGUGGACCAUGACAUGGAUAGGAAGAAUCCUGAGGUGGAGCAUCGCGAGUUGUAA